CCAAACAACGCAAAACGUCAAUCUAAAAAUUAAAACCGUCGCGCUUGUGGUCGCUCUCGCUCGCGGUUCCUUCUCGUCGCUUUGCGGAAUUUCACGUUCGAAAUCGUUUCAAUCAAGUUUAAUCCGUGGUGUGAUCGUGUCCGCAACGUGCCACCGACAAAAAAAAAAUCACCCAACCAGGUGGUGACCCCACACACUUCCGGAACGUUCGCGGGGUCAAGGUGAACCGCAUUUCGAGGUUAGUGCCCUGCUGGUGGCCAUGAAUCACUCCAGCCGAUGGACAUCGUUUGGCGGCGGAGGAGGAGGAGACGGCGGGAGUCCCGGCUUGAGUGGGAAUCUGAGCCGGAUGUUGAGCAGUCCGAUGGCGGAAUCGACGCAGCUGGAGAGGGGGGGCAACGGGAGCGGCCGGGUGAAUCUGUUUGGCAGUCCGGUGAGAUCGACGGCGACGGUUACGGUGUCCGGGGGGGUCAAGCGGAAGCCGACGUCACCGCUGCUGAACAGCAAGUCGGGGUUUAAGAGCAGCGGGAAUCUAAGCGGGUUGGGAGGGGUGGCGUCCGGUAGCCGGAUUGAUGCGCAGGUCUACACGGACGCCCAGAGUCGCGGUCUCGUCAAUCGACUGGUUCGCUACCACGACAAGUCCCAAUCGUCGCUCAACCGGAGCCAAUCGAUGACCAGUUUGUACACGAAACCGGGCCAAUUUCCGGUGGUUCAUUUGAAGAAGACGGAAAUCAAGUACUCACCCCGACGGAACAACUCCAUCACGUCGGUCCGGAUUGCCCCGCCGGAGAAGUCCGUGUUUCAGGCGAACACGCGGUCCAAUAUCUUGAGGGCCGGAUCGCUGUUGAUUCCGAGUGCGGAGUUGAAGCCGGUCAGGCAGCAGCAGUCGGAGGAGGAGAUUGACGCCGAGAACCGGGUGAUUGCUCCGACGGCGGAGGUAGACGCGGCACCGACGCGCAGCGUCCUGGACGCGUUGAAGGAAAUUUCCCGGAAGCGGAUCAACAACGAGGAGUUGGACGCGGAUCGGAUCAAGAAGCAGUGCAAGGAGCUGAGCGAGGUGGAUUCUGGGGGAGGAGGUGGCGGGGUGAAGCGGGCCCGGGAGUUGCCUUCGUCGGCUUCGCCGCCGUCGCGAGGUUCGGCCGACCAGCAGAAGAAGCGCAUGUGUCAGAAGAAUAACGAUAUUUUGAGCUCGCUGAGUUCCAGCCUGGUGAUGGCCACUCCGAAGCGGGUUGAGCCGGUCCAGAUGCGGCCGAACCGGCUGAACGUGGAUCAGUCGUUCUCGGCGAUGGUUACGCCCGCGGCGUUCAACGCUACAAUCGCGGCGACCGUUGAAAGUCGGUUUGAACCUGCGAAGUUGGCUCGGAUGGAAUCGGCACCGUUGCCGCAGAUCACGAGAUCCGUUCCGGAAGUGGUUCAAAGGGUGAUUCCUCAGCCGGUUAGAUCUCAACCGACGCAGCCCCGAAUCACGCUUUUCAAUAGAAAGUACGACGAGUCGCAGAUUCGGCUGGAAGAAUCCGAGCCGGAGCAGGACGACGACGAGGAACUCGGCGGCCGAAUCAGCUUCAUCAAACCAAAGGAAAAGACCCCGAUCGUGAGCAGCGACAAGCUGGCCCUCAAACGCGUUGAGAAGAACAAACUGUCCCUUCUGCUGAGUUGCCUCAGCGAUGACUUUGACAACGAAGAGGAGGUGAAGGUGACCAAACCUCAGGCAAUUCCUACGUUCACCGCAAAGGACACCGUUGACGCGCCCCCGUCCAAACCCACGGAACAGAAGAAACCCGAAGAACCUACCCCAACGCUACCGAAAAUCACCGGAAUCUCCGCCCUCAUCAACAACCCAAUCAAGGACGCCGGCCUCGGUAAGAUUGACCCACCAACAACGACGCAGAAACCCCCGGAACCAGCGAAAUCCAGCGCAGCUGGACCAGGCUUCUCCUUCGGAACUUCAACAACGACGACGACUACAUCCGCAUCGACCCCAAAACUUGCAGACACCACGUUCAACUUCCCAAAACCUACCCCGGAGGUCAAACCGGCCGAGAAACCCGCACCGGCCGCCUCCGGCGGCUUCUCCUUCGGAGCAGACCCACCUCCCGCCUACAGCGCCCCCAAACCCGCUUCAACGCCAAACCUGAUCAGCUUCUCGCCAGCUCCGCUGGCCAAACCCGCGACCACCGAAUCGACCGGAUUUUCGUUCGGAGCGUCGACUACGUCGACGACGACCAGCAGUCAACCUGCGGUUGCCACCACAACUUCCACGCAAGCGAAUCCGAUCGCCUUCGGCGCCAGCGGGUUCAGUGCGUUCAAACCUCCGGCAAGUUCGGCGGCGGCGGCGCCUGCCACUACGGCGCCACCGGCCUUCGGCACGGUGACCACGACUUCAACUGCAAGUUCCGCCGCACCAGCGGGCGGAUUCAGCUUCGGGGCGAAGCCCGUGACUACGAGCGCGGCGUCUGCGACGCCGGCCACCAAUGCUUUCUCUUUUGGAGGAGCGGCCAAACCGGCUGCUGGCGCAGCUCCGACGCCUGCGGCGUCCGUGAUCACGUCCUCAGCUACCCCACCGGCCUUUGGAGCAGCAGGUUCAACCUCAUUCGCGUUCGGAACAUCGUCGUCUUCGCCGGCUCCGCCUGCGUUCGGCGCCGUUAGCAACUCCACCGUACCGGCCUUCGGCUCAACGAGCACCUCUACAACGCCUUCGUUUGGAUCCAUAGCGACGACCACCACAGCGGCACCUGCACCCACCUUCGGUGGGUUCGGAAACGCCACCACUUCAUCAAUCGCGCCAACUUCUGCGCCCACGACGGCGCCUCCCGCCUUCGGCAGCAUCACAACUUCAACGACUUCAUCCACGAACAUGUUUGGAAGUGCGAGCGCUAAACCCGUCUUCGGUCAAUCCUCCACCACCAAUUCAGGCGCCUUCUCGUUUGGCGGCAACGCCGCCACCACAACUCCGGCUUCCGCGGCACAACAACCCGCGGCGAGCCAACCCAGCGCCAACACCACCUUCAGCUUUGGAGGUGCGGCGAAUGCCGCACCAGCGAACGUGUUUGGGACCGGUUCCAACAACAGCAACCAACCCACCUUCGGUGGUAAUUCUGCAGGAAGUGGAACGGCAACGCCGUCGUUUGGUGCGAUGGCCGCAGGUGCAGCUCCGCCAACUUUUGGAAUGGCUACUUCGGCGGCAAAGCCGCCGGCCUUUGGAGCGUCAACGACGACGACGUCUGCCGCGGGUGGUGGUGGAGUGUUUGGAACGAGUGCGUCGGUCUUUGGAGGUUCAACGACUGGGGCGGCCACGAGUGCAAGCUCCGUCUUCGGCGUCCAAUCCUCAACCACGCCCGCUCCGUCACCCUUUGGCGGCGCAGCAGCACCUUCCUCCAACCCAUCAUCCGGCGGGAUGUUCGGCGCAGCCGCAGCAUCCAUCAACAACAACAACAACAACCAGUCCCAACAAUCCGCCGCUCCAACGCCAUUUGCCUUUGGUGGCGGAGCCACCGCACAACCUGCCGCCCCCGCCGCGGCCUCCACCAACAAGCCAUUCGCCUUCGGGGGAGGACCCCCGAACGCGGUCGCUCCCGCAGCUCAACCGGUGAAGGCGAACAGUUUUUCGUUUUCGGCCGCUGGGACGACGAACCCGGUGGCACCGGUAGCUCAAUCCAACUCGGCGUUCAGCUUUGGGGCGAGUCAGCAGCAGCAGAAUAACGGGCCGCCACCGCCAGCGUUCGGCAGUACCAACAGUGCAUUCUCGUUCAACUCCGGCAGCAGCAGCGCGGCCACCAACAACAGCAAUCCGAACCUGGCGACGGUGAAGCCGUUCUCGUUCGGUGGAAGUGCCCCGGCGGCGCAACCCGCGGCGUCCGGUGGAAUUUUUGGCGGCGCAGCCGCGGCAGCGACCUCACCCCCGCCGGCGUUCAACUUCAACCAGCAGCAGCAGCAGGGGGUGGCCCCUGCGGGGCCGUUUGCCUUCAACAGUCCGGUCGCCGCCACUCCGGGAGGACCGUUUGCGAUGGCCAACGGAGGUGGGGCGCCGGGCGCGGGCGGCCCCAUGUUUAGCAUUGGAACCGGCGGUGGGAACCAGCAGCCCGGCCGGAGGCCGAUCCGGACCGCAACGCGACGACUAAAGUAGAUGGGGUUAAAUGUUGUAACAAAAAUGUUCGUUUCUAUUUUUGCUUUUCGGCUUAUCCUGUAUCCGUGUAUAGAUAUGUUUGGGAAAUGUUAGUUUCAGGGGGGAGAGAGAGUGGGCGCAUCGUGAUUUCGAGAGACAUUCGGCGAGAUUUUCAUUCUUUUCUGUGACUUGAGAGAAGACCAAUUGGCCGCAAAUUUUCGUCAGGUGUAAUCAUCAAUAAAUAAAAAAAUAACAAGUAACAUUAUUUAA